UGGUCAGCUGUGAAAAAGCUGCCAAAUCAGGUAAAUGCCGAAGUGAGUUAGGAAAGCAAGUCAGCCAACUGUUGCCGCUGUUGACUCGGAAAAAUAGAAAGUAAUUCAGUCUGAUUUUUCUGUAAUUAUGGACCUGAAGCAGCGCACAUAUCUCCUGGUGACCGGAGCCUCUCGUGGAAUCGGUCGGGAGUUUGCCCAACAGUUGGCCAAACGCAUUAAAUCCGAAGGAUCCGUGGUGGCUCUUCUGGGUCGCAAUCAGCCGCUUUUGGAUGAGGCCAAAGCAGAGAUUUCAGCCACAAUACCGGAACUCUCAGUUCACACGUAUUCUUUGGAGUUGGAGACGGCCAAGACGGAGGAUUUCACCCAGAUCCUGGAUAACUCGCGCGGAGAUAAGACCUUCGAGCGGGCCAUAGUCAUCCACAAUGCCGGCACCGUGGGCGAUACUUCGAAGAGGGCCAAGGAAAUCGGGGAUACGAACAUCCUGCAGCGAUACUAUCACACGAAUGUCUUUUCCGCCAUCUCGCUGAAUUGCGAGUUCAUGCGAAUCUUCCAGGGAAUCCCCAAGUUGGUAGUGAAUCUCAGCACUUUGGCUGCCAUCGCUCCGAUUUCUUCAAUGGCUCACUAUUGCACUGUGAAGGCGGCCCGCGAGAUGUACUUCCGGGUGCUGGCCACCGAGGAGUCCUCGAAGGACACCCUGGUGCUUAACUACGCCCCCGGCGUCAUCGACACCCAGAUGACCGUGCAGGUGCAGCGGGAGGCCCACGAUCCCGCCGUCGUCGAAAUGUUCCGGAAGCAAAGGGAGGCCAAGACCAUGCUGACCACCGUCCAGACCACGGAGCGCUUCAUCAAGGUCCUGGAGGCCCUCAAGUUCAAGUCCGGCGAUCACGUCGACUACAGGGAUGCACAGUUUUAGUCUCGCAAUCAAUUUGUGAUGUACGGAAAUGGGUUUUUGUAUUACAGCAUUAAAAACAAUCUAAAUUCCAGUCUCUAUUAAACUUUUUAAAGGAAUUUUCCUUUAUAAAUAUUUAUGACUUA